AUGAAAAUAGUGAAGUUUGACGGAGAACUACUGGCAAAGACCCUCAACGAAAUCCUCAAUGUCGUUGAACUCCAGGGCGUCCAAUGGAGACGAUUUAAGGAGUUAAAUAAGAUCCUCAAGGGCUUUAGGAGCCACGAAAUGACCGUCCUCUCAGGCAAAACGGGGAUUGGCAAGACCACAUUCGCCUGCGAGUACUCCCUCGACUUGGCCGAACGCGGUGUCAAGACGCUUUGGGGCAGCUUCGAAAUGACUCUACCCCGACUCUGCCGCACACUGCUGCAUCAGUUUGCUGGCUCACCAGUGCAGUGUUUCUGCCUCUCCAGGGAACCCCUUCACUUCCAGCAGCCGAUGCGCGUUGCCGCCUGGGCGUCCGCCUUCAGAGAGGAGGUGCCGAUGUUUUUCUUGAACAUGCACGGCCGCCCCUCGGAGAAGGAAGUGUUCUCGGUGAGUGGUCUGACACACCUUCGGAUCCCCAGUUUACUCGCCCACCUUUUGGCCCUGGAGGAGUCGACGCAAAAGCACGCGAUCGAGCACGUCAUCCUCGACAAUCUGCAAUUCAUGAUGGGCAGCUCGGACACGCGUCGUAUGGAGGAGAAAUUCCAGCGUCAGGACCGCUUUGUCGAGCAACUGCGCGGCUUCACAACUCGCACCGGCGCCCACCUCACCGUCGUCGUUCACCCGCGCAAAACCGACGACGACCACCUCCUGACCAUCGCUUCGCUCUACGGCGGCGGCAAAAUCAGCCAGGAGGCCGACAAUGUGCUUCUGCUGCAAGAAGAGGUCGGCACUGCUGUCCCCAAGAAGUACAUCCAGGUUGUGAAAAAUCGAUACGACGGAACCCAGGGGAAGGUGGACCUGCAUUUCAAUCGCGAUCGAAUGUCUUUCAGGCCUUCAACGCGGACGCUGGAAACGCUGACUGUCUCGGAGGUCGCUGAAUAA